AAGUCGCACGCCGGGGGGAAGCUCCAGCCCCCGACUCCAGCCCGGCAUCCUUUGCGCGGUGCACCGCCCAGUCGGCCGCCGUCAGUCGGGAGUUGCCAUGGAAACCCAGCGGCCCUCGUUAUGUCGCUGCAGCGGGCUCCUCCGUCGCGUGUGUUCGUAGAACUGGUUCCUUGGGCUGAUCGGGUUCGGGAGAACAGUCUGGUCCCGGGUGGAGAAACGCUGCCGGAUGUCUGCCGCCCCCUUUCCUCAGCACAGGCCCACGCCGCGACCCGCGAAGUGCACGUGAGCGGCACUGCGGAGGUGUCUGCUGGCCCCGACCGGGCACGGGUGGAAGUGCGGGUGAGCAGCACCAAGGCGGCGGCGUCCGAGGCCAAGAAGAGUGUCAGCCGCCGCCUGGACUACAUCACGCAGUGUCUCCAGCAGCAGGGUCUUCAGGCAGAAAAUGUAACUGUGACAAAGGAUUUUAGAAGAGUGGAAAAUGCUUAUCAUAUGGAAGCAGAAGUUUGCAUUACAUUUACUGAAUUUGGAAAAAUGCAAAAUAUUUGUAACUUCCUUGUUGAAAAGCUGGAUAGCUCUGUUGUCAUAAGCCCACCCCAAUUCUAUCAUACUCCAGGAUCUGUUGAGAAUCUUCGACGGCAGGCCUGUCUUGUUGCUGUUGAGAAUGCAUGGCGCAAAGCUCGAGAAGUCUGUAACCUUGUUGGCCAAACCCUAGGAAAACCUUUACUAAUCAAAGAAGAAGAAACAAAAGAGUGGGAUGGCCAACCAGAUGAUCACCAGUCAUCCACACUCUCAAGUUCAUUAACUGUACAACAAAAAAUCAAAAAUUCAACAAUACAUGCUGCUUCAAAAGUACUUAUAACUUUUGAGGUAAAGGGGAAAGAGAAGAAAAAAAAACAUCUCUAAAAUUCCAAACAAAAUAUAUUGUAUUUGUAUUUUUUAAUCUAUUUUUAUACUUUUUAUAAAGUUUUCCAUUUCUAGUAGAUAAACUGUUUCUUUAUAAGAUCUUUCAGUCCUUGAAUAUAGUCCUACAGAAUGUUCACCUUUUCUCUUCCAAGAACUUACUGAGAAAUGUUCUUGGGAAGUAAAUGUAAUAUGUGCACACUUCUGUAUUCCAACAAUUCAUACAAGUGCAUGUAUAAUAUUUUCAAUAUAGGAAAAAAACGUUUAGUUCAUCCGUUUUAUAUGACACCACACUUUUAUAUAAAAACUAGGCUUCCACAAAUUAAAAUUUUUAAAGACAGAAAUCUUUACAUAUAAAAGGAAUUCUUGCAUCCCAUCAAAACUAAUAAUUUUCCAAAUUCAUGAUUUUAGCUAUUUACAAGUUAGCAAUUUAGCCUGUUAUGUUUCUUGGAUGCUGACAGAAUACAUGAGACUCUGGGGCACAAACACAGUUCUAUUACUCAUGGCACAAGGAGCAUGAACAUCAGCAAAUUGUCAUUGCUUCCCGUUGUCCUGAGUUACAUAGGGAAGCACAAUAUGGCCAUAAACAUUAUGGCUACACAGACAGCAGGUUUCUUAUAGCUGAGGACUACUGAGCUUGAAAAAUUCACUGCUUUUUAAUUUAUGAACAAAAGCAAAUCUUCUUGUCCUGAAAGGAGACAUUGCUUCAUCCUUUAAAGAAUCUCACUAUAAACUCAAUCUUGAGAAAUAGCUCAGGUCAAGAGUAGUCAGUCUUACAUUCUUGCCACACCUCGCAAAAAAUGGAGGAGGAAAUUCACAGAGGACUCUCUCAAUAUAUCUAAUAAUUUUCUUACUAGGUCCAGACCACUUUAUGAAGAUGCAAAUCAACAACUUCACAACUUUUAACAAAAAGAAUGAUAAACAACACUUUUGAAUAAAAGGACAAUGAGAUAUACUAGGAAAAUACUGUGAUGCCCCAAAUUGACAUAAUGCAUGAAUUAGACUCUUCCACAGGGCUUCUUAGAUGAUAUUAGCACCCACAUAAUACAAAUACAGUACAAACUACAUCUGUAAUGUAAAAUAUCCUAGUAUAUGCAUUGUAAAAGUAAAACCAGUUAAAACUAAUUUUAAUAAUGUAUUUUAUUUUAGCCACUAUAUCCAAAGUAUUAUCAUUUUUGUAUAUAAUAAAUAUUUCAAAAAUUGAGAUUAAUAUU